AAGUGUCCGGACUGGAAGGGGGGUGAAAGUGUCCGGACUGGAAGGGGGGUGAAAGUGUCCGGACUGGAAGGGGGGGAAAGUGUCCGGACUGGAAGGGGGGUGAAAGUGUCCGGACUGAAAGGGGGGGGAAAGUGUCCGGACUGGAAGGGGGGGGGAAAGUGUCCGGACUGGAAGGGGGGGAAAGUGUCCGGACUGGAAGGGGGGGUGAAAGUGUCCGGACUGGAAGGGGGGGGAAAGUGUCCGGACUGGAAGGGGGUGAAAGUGUCCGGACUGGAAGGGGGUGAAAGUGUCCGGACUGGAAGGGGGUGAAAGUGUCCGGACUGGAAGGGGGUGAAAGUGUCCGGACUGGAAGGGGGUGAAAGUGUCCGGACUGGAAGGGGGUGAAAGUGUCCGGACUGGAAGGGGGUGAAAGUGUCCGGACUGGAAGGGGGGAAAGUGUCCGGACUGGAAGGGGGUGAAAGUGUCCGGACUGGAAGGGGGGGGGGAAGUGUCCGGACUGGAAGGGGGGUGAAAGUGUCCGGACUGGAAGGGGGUGAAAGUGUCCGGACUGGAAGGGGGGAAAGUGUCCGGAC